CAUGUGCAAAAAGCAGCUGUCACACUGCACAGAAGUGGAGCCACUCGCAGUGGAUUCCCUGCACUUGGCAGUUCUAUUUUAAACUCACAGAAAACCUAUCAUGAAGCUGGUAACCGUGUUUUUGCUGGUGACCCUCAGCAUUUGCAGUUACUCUGCCACUGCUCUCCUUGUCAACAAUCUGCCACAAGCUGUCAACAAUGUCUUACCUUUACCUGUGGACAACAUUCUCCCCUCUUUGGAUCCAUUAAAGCUUGUUUUCAGCACUCUGGGCAUUUCUGUUGAGCACCUUGUGGAAGGCUUAAGAAAGUGUGGGAACGAGCUGGGACCAGAGGCCUCUGAGGCAGUGAAGAAACUGCUGGAGGCCCUGUCGCAUUUGGUGUGAUGGAGCACCAAGCCCUGGUGGAGGGGAAGGGAAAGCACUCCCCUCCUCGCAGGCUGGAACUUACUGCGUCCUAAGAUGUGGUGACCCCUGAAAACAAUGAAUAAAGCAGUGAAUAGAU